AUGCCGGACGAAGGCCUGUUUAUGAAUUUUAUCGCCGAGUAUCACCGCGUGCGAGCGGAGGAUGCUCGAUGGACUACUCAAACCGCAAGCGUGCUGCUAAAAAAACAGGAUGGCAGAGGCCGGGACAGGCUGCAGUCGAUGGAGGGGCUGGAUAACUCAGAUGAGGAGAGUGUGCAGCAGGUUGAUAUCCUUGAUUUCAGCACUGGAGUGGCGGAUUCUGGUCCCCCCUGCUCUGAUCGUGAGGCCCAGAGUUCCGGUAAAAUUAACCUGCUAGCAUACCAAGUAUUAAUUUCCUGUACAGCAUCUCCGCUGAGCUGCUAG